AUGACUUAUAUCGAACCUAUAAUCCUUGAAUCUGACAGGGAGGACGAUGAUAGCAGAGAAUAUUCACCACUUGCAGAAAGCAGCAGGAAAAGCUCGGCGACCAUGCACGAUAGCAUUUUGCCUAAUGAACAAGACUCUCAUAACACCCGAUCUAGACGCAGGAUGGCAGACCAUAAAUCCGUCGGUAACGUCCCGUCAACUCAUUCGCAACAGGAGAAAAAGAACCCCAAAACCAAGCGCAGCAGAUCUCCAAGUCCUUUCUCCAUGAUCCCAGAGGCUCCUCCAUCGAAGAGGCGGAUAUAUAACCCUCCCAUUAAACCAUGGAUCAAGAAUGAUGAUAUUUUCAUGGAGGUUCAGGACAAACUCUCGCUGUAUGGUCUAGGUCUUUACGGAGUACCGGUUGCAAGCGACAAAUGGCUUCCAUUCAAUGUACAGUCUAAGAUUCUAAAUCGCGCACAGAAUCUCUUGGAGGAAGCUUUGUUUGAGUUCUUACAUAAGACUUGGCCAGAGCUAUGCGCAGAAAAUGGAUGGGAGGAAAUGGGUGAAGCUGAGUUAAACGAACUAGCUCCUGUGAUGAUGGCUGGUAUCAAAGCCCACAACGAUGAGAUCGAGCAGCUCAUUGACUUCUACAAUCCCCAAGUUUCCGUCAGCCUUCCCUACCUCCUCGAGAAAAUAGGUCAAAUCCGCCACUGCGCCGUCCAUCGCACCAAGAAAAUUCCAGUAAUCAUAAUCGAACUCAUGGUCCGCGACGCAUCAUACAUUACGAUGUAUCUAAAAGACGACGAGCGAACCAAGGCCCUCGACAACCUAUGUCGUCCACUUGAACCUUUAUCUUUCAAUCUUCAAGCGAGAUUUGGCGAUGAGCUGGAGGGGAGGGUCGAGCGGGAAUUGAAGAGAACGAGCGCGGAGAUUGAGAAAAUAAAAGAAGCGCUGAGGAUAGAGGAGGAGAGAGAGAAAAAGGCUCAGAUGCAGAUGGAACAUAUCAAGGCGCAGGAUGAGAAGGUUUAUGAGGGUGAGUUGGAGGCUUUGAGAAAGUCUCUGUAG